CUCUCCACAUCGAGAGCGUCUCGAAUAAUCACUGGGCCCGCAACCUGAGCCUUCGAGAUGCCUCAGUCGAGGCUGCCCGCCUCGCGAGAGAGCAGGGUCCAUGCUCGACGAUGCGAGAUGCAAAAGGCUGCGGGAGGAGAAGUCAUGCACCGCGCGACGCUGUGCACUAGGUGCAUCAAGCACGCCCUGGCCGGCAACAAGGAGAAGCUCUGCUAGGAACAGACUCGUACGUGGCCCGAUGCUUUACGCCCUUUUGGCCUUGCCUUCUGUACUCUGUAGCUUCGAGUUUCACUGACCGAUCGGCUGAGCCGCACAGCCGCACGGCCGAGAUGUGGAGAGUGUGUUGUGACAAACCAAGGCUGCGAACCGGUUCACGAGGCAUUGAGAGGGCCGUUGUUGAAGCUUCGGGACAUGAUCCUCAGUGGCUCAGUAGACGUCAAGUCCAGAGAGUUUCAAGUAGUGGCAUGCCGGGUCAUCAGCCUUCGCGACAAGCAUCACGCAACUCCCAAGCGCUCGGGUAGCUCGAAACCCGUCCGCAAGGUAAACAACGCGGGUCAGUCCACGGCCAAUUGCCCCAACGCCGCAGAAGGAGACGCAGAAGCGCAAGUCACGCCCACAGAGGUGGCCAUACAGGAGACAGCCCCAGCCGCCCAGGCCGACAGGACCCGCGCGUCCGGGAACGUGGAGCAGCACCAGCCCACCCCAGCUACUCGUACUCAUGCGAUGAACAUCACGGCGCCGGUCGAGUCCGUUUCCCCGACGCCUAUCACAGGCAACGACGCGGCCCUUGCGCAGGUGCUGCACACAAACGCCGAGCUGUCGGGCUCGAUCGCGACCUUGGUUAGGGAGAACGCCGAGUCUGGCGAGCUGGUCCGGAAGCUGCAAGCGGAGCGACUGGCGCUCGAGGAGGAGCUUCGGCGCUCCAACGAGAGGUAUUUGAACAAUUGGCCGGCGAGAUUGAUGAGUAUCAGAUGAGAGCCAGGAUGCUUUUCAUGUGCGGUGGCUGUUUCUUGGAAUGACAGAAAUGGUUUUACGGCUUCGGCACGACGAGGGAGAGCUACGAGUAAAAUGUGACCGACAUACGCAGGCGGCACGCAGCCAAGGAGAUUGAUGAUGAAGACUCAUCUAUGUUUUGGCGAGCUUCUUGUUCCUGCCUACGUCGACCAUUGCAUUGAACAUGGAUUGCGCGAUCGGCGGGGCAAUAAC